AUGUUACCUGCAAGACGGAGGGACAUGCUAACUCUUAUGGCCAUGCGCUGGAAUCAACAAAAGCUAGACCAGUUGGCCACUUCUCUGACCCAUCGAUAUCAGAAGGCCACAAAAGCUCUUCUAACCCAGCUUCAGAACCUGGAGUCCUUAAAAGUCCAAUUAGCAGUGACUGACAGUCAACUGGAUGAAUGGGUCAGUGAUGUAAAGGAUUGGGCAGAAGCAACAACAAGCACAAGUGAUGUUGAUCCCUUAGUGAGCAGAAUUGAAGUGCUCGUAGCGAGCAUAAAGAGACGAUCCCAGCGUCUUUAUAAAGACACCGAUGGAAAUAAAGCCCGUGCCAAGAUUCGUCGCAAGAUCAGAGAAGAGAAAGGAAUCUUGACUUCUGCUGUGGAAAAAUACAACAGAAUGGUUCCAGACAAAGAAACUCUGUGCUUGGAAGAAAUUCUGUCUGGUGACACAAGCUGGCCGUGGCAGCGAGCACACAGCGACUCUGUCAGCCUUACAACAAAGAGAAGGGCAUUCGAUAUCAUCAUGGCAAUAAGAAGACCCGAGGAGGAAAAGAAGAUUCUUGUUAGAGAGAUGGACCAUCACUGGAAAUCUCUUUCAAAAUAUGAUGAUACCCUGAAAGAGCUGUCCGGCCUGCUUUCCAGUUAG